AUGGAAUCAGCAACAUAUCGUCAAAUUGGAACAAACUGGGCACUUAUAACUGCUGGUCACUUUUUUGAUAGUGGACGCCCUGAGUACUACAUAUGGUCUAAUGCAACAGAGCUUGCCAUCGAAAAUGAUACUGAACUGUACAUGGACGCACACGUUUCUCCAAACUCUCUUACUUAUUAUGGAUUCUGCAUUGGAAAUGGAAACUACACUGUGAAUCUCCAUUUUGCUGAAAUAAUGUUUAGUGAUGAUAAAACAUUUAGCAGCAAUGGAAGACGUGUAUUUGACAUCUACAUCCAGAGAAAUUUGGUGUUGAAGGAUUUCGAUAUUGCAAAAGAGGCAGGUGGUGUUGGCAAGGCAGUGAUUAAAACUUUUACUGCUGGUGUGACUAGAAAUGCAUUGGAGAUUCGCUUAGGUUGGGCUGGGAAAGGAACAACUACUAUCCCAUUUGGAUCAGUAUAUGGUCCUCUUAUAUCAGCUAUAUCAGUUGAUCCUGAUUUUACACCCCCGUCGGAAAAUAAUAAAAACAUGCCUGUAGGAGCUGUGGUUGCCAUUGUGGCUGCGGGAGCAAUUGUUAUCAUCUUUGUAAUUGGCAUAAUGUGGUGGAAGGGCUGUUUAACACAUAAAUGUUUAGGGGCAAGAGAGCAAAAGGGUCAUGCUUCACAAACUGGCUUAUACAGUUUACAGAAAAUCAAAGCAGCAACAAACAACUUUGAUGAAACCUUUAAGAUUGGAGAAGGAGGAUUUGGUCCUGUUUACAAGGGUGUUCUACAAGAUAGCACAAUUGUAGCGAUUAAGCAGCUAUCUUCAAAAUCAACUCAAGGAUCUCGUGAAUUUAUUAAUGAGAUAGGCAUGAUUUCUACUUUACAACACCCUAAUCUUGUUAAGCUCUAUGGCUUCUGUAUGGAAGACGAUCAGUUGUUGUUGAUAUAUGAAUACAUGGAAAACAAUAGCCUUGCUCAUGCUUUAUUUGUCAAGAAAGAAGACAGAAAAUCGUCAAUUGAGAUUGGAAUGGAAAACUAG